AUGUCAAAACGGUCAGAGGCCAUGAAACGAGUUCAAGAGCUCGUCACGGACGAUCCUCAUACAGUAGCUGGGACAAGACGUGGUGCGACUCCAUGGGAUGCAGGCGAAUGCCAACCGCCCCUUCGUGAAAUCAUCAGCUCUGGAGAACUCCAGCUUCCGAAUAGUGGCCGUGCUCUUGUCCCCGGCUGUGGCUCCGGCUACGACGCAGUCUACAUCGCAUCAACAUUAGGCUUUGCGACACUUGCCCUGGAUAUAUCACCAACUGCAGUAAAGAAAGCAUCAGAGGAAGUCUCAGCGAGCAAGGUCGACAACAUCCGAUUCGAGCAAGGCGAUUUCUUCUUUCUUCAAGUCACCGAAACCGAGAAAUUCGAUCUUAUCUACGACUACACUUUUUUUGUGGCCAUUCCUCCAAGCCGACGCAUGGAAUGGGGUGUUCAGAUGUCGAAGCUCGUUAAAACCGGCGGCUUUCUGAUCACUCUGGCAUAUCCGAUCGAAGAGGAAGAGCCGCAAGUACCGAUAGGCCCGCCGUGGUUUGUUCGUCCGCAACACUAUCAUGACUGUCUGGGCAACGACCGCUGGCAAAAAGUUGUUGAUCGGGUGCCCGAAACAUCCAGUCCGAUGCAUAUCGGUCGUGAGCGGUUGUUGGUGUGGCGAAAGAUUUGA